AUUGCAACAGUGGCAGUAGUAAUUCUGUACUUGGAAUUCAAUCAAAACUCAUUGAAAUUUAGAAAUGGAGUUAAAAAUUAUGUUCCAAUAAGCGCUUGGGCCUCAGAAAAAGAUGGUUUGGUACAAAGGACUCUAUUAUACCAACAAAAUAAGGAUAUGAUUGAAUGCAGGGGUAGGAAACAGAAGGUUAUCAGAAAUAUCUUUAGCCGUGACCAGGAAGGAUGGUACGAGAAUCGCAAUGUCUGUGACGCUUGUUUCGAUUUUCCCCAUAUCACAUUACAAACCAACUAUGGACCUACGCCCAUCUUCAUUUACACAAAAGAUCAGGAUUUGGUGAUCUCAAAGAUACUUCGAACGAGAGGGUCGUUUGAAUCUAAGAAGCAGUUGAUGUUGUCCAAAAUGAUGGAAGAUGAUCCUGAACUACAAAUUAUUGAUAUUGGAGCUAAUAUUGGUGUUUACACGCUGAGCUUCGCAAAGGCUGGACGUAAGGUUCUGGCCGUUGAGGCCCUGUAUACAAACCUGCAGCAUCUUUGUGCUUCUGUCAUGGAAGGGGGCUUACAAGACAACGUGUACCUCAUCCACAACGCCAUAUCCAAUGAAAACACGCUCGUCAACCUGGGAAUGGACAAGAAUAACAUGGGUGGUACAUUCGUAGAUGUGGACUCCAGUCAUAUAAAAAACCUGAAAGAAGGUCGGGCUCAGGGUACUUAUGGACACGUGUACACUAUAACAAUGGACGAUCUCUUGGAUCUUCCAGUUAUGCAAUAUUUCCAAAAUGUAGUUAUCAAAAUGGAUAUUGAGGGAUUCGAGGACCGCGCCAUUGAAAAGGCAACAAGGUUUUUCGAAAAAAUUAAUGUUAAAGGAUUCAUAAUGGAAUGGGUGUUUCAUAGACAACAUCCGACUGCAAAGAAAAUCAUUGACUUCAUGACCGCGCGGAAUUACAAACCUUACAAGUGCGAUAUGAAUAAAAUGCCGUUGAAUGUAUCAAGGAGUGACCAGUGGGGAUUAGACAUUUUUUGGCUUCCAAACUAAAGCCAAAAGUUAGUUUUCUCUAUGAACUCUAUAAAACUUUGUUAAUCAAGGGUAUAAACAGUUUUGAGCUUCAUAGAAAACAUUGACUUGAAGUUAUCUUCACUAGAUCACUCUUCGAACUUACAAAAUUAAAACUAUUGAAUUUAACACAUUUUAUAAAAUUUGUACAUGAUUAUAAAAUUCCUGAAGUAAGAAAUUUUGGUUUCUGGGUACGACUUUAUUACCAUCACAAUGUAUGAUAUCAAAUUCGAUUUUUGAGAAAGGGAGAAAUCAUAUUUUAAAAAGUUUUCCCAAAUGCUUUUUAGUCUACUUUAUUGCAGUGUCUCCGAAAAUAUAGAAGAAAAGAACUAAAAUAACUCAUUUGUAUUGUAUUAUUUUGCAUUUGUAUGAGAUACUUUUAUUUUGUAUUGUAAAAUAUCUCAUUUGUUUUGUUUAAUUAUCAUUUGCAUUCUAUAUUUUUUUAUUUGAAUUGUUUAACAGAAAUUAUUUAUUUUGUUUGUAACAAAGGAUAUCUUUCUUUGGUUAAAUCUCAGCAUUUAGUAUUCGAAGUGGAUUAUACGCAAAGUGUUUUGUUUUGUUUACAAGAGGUCGUCAGUCUUAGUUUUGUUUUCUCAAAGGACAUUGUUCUUAUUGAUGGACAAAGAGGAAUUGCAUAUUUUUUCUUUAAAUUUCAAAGUUUCGACUCGAAGUAAACGGCACGCUGAAUAUCAGUGGCAGAAUUAUACUUAUUUUGCCUGGGUGGUAAAAAAUUAACUAUUAAAUUACACAUGUAUCCAACAUUUUAAAACUGUGACUUAUUUUGCUAUGUUCUAUCAUUAAGUAAAAACUGUUUUUGAUUUAGAUUUUUUUUUCAUAUUCUCAUACAGAGCUCUUCUUCCAGAGAAGAUCAAAAAGUUGAGAAGUGGCAACGACCAUCCACCUUUCUUAAUGCCUAAAACGCAGUUUGUUUAUAUCCUGAAUAUUUAAAUCAACAGUUUUA